GCAGAUGGUACGGCAUCAUGUUGAUCACACCUUUGCGUACGAGCUAGGUCAGGACUUGUCCAGUGGCAGAGCCGGGCAGCCUUUCACUUUACGUCCAUCUCCUGUCGCGCCUCCAUGUGCGCCAAAUUACCCGUCUCUACUUCCGCCAAAUUUUGGGCCUCCGCCUCUGUCAGCUUCGCCGCCUCUGCGUCAUCAACUGCACCCGCCGUCGCCCUUCAUACAUGGGCACCCUCGGCCGGCAGCAUGGCGAUCUUAGAGGGUGGUGUAAAGUGGUACCAAACUUGCAUCGGGAGGGAAUUUGUACCGUUAGAUUGGGGGCGUUACUGCCUUUGCUCUUGGCUUAGCGUGGUGUUACGGCUGGAUUGUGUGGGGCAGUUCGUGCUGUAUAACUACAUACAGUGUAUGAUAUUGUUGAUGCCACCGUCUCACGCUUUGGCCGUGCUCACUUCUGCCGAAACUGGGAGCAGGCAAAAAUCGAAAACAAAUCGUGCAAGGAUAAUAAGGUAGCAAAAGCAGAGCUGCGUCGACCGAGACUCGAACUCGGUCCUCGAGCAGAAAUGCGAUGGGAAGCUCGAAUUCUACCCUUAAACUAUCGACGCAAUAGUUGCAAUAUCACGAUUCUGUCGUCUGCG